GUUUGUCCUUUCUUUCUUCAUUGAAAGCCUGGGGAGUCACAGACUACAGGAAUGGAGAGUAAGAAGAACACGGAAAAUCUCCCCCAGCACUUUAGAAGGGGGACACUGACUGUGUUAAAGAAGAAGUGGGAGAAUCCAGUACCGGGAGCAGAGUCGCACACAGACCCUCUGCGAAACAGCAGCACUGAGGUUAGACACAGAGUCACCCAUCCUCCUGUUGAAGUGACAAGCAGCUCUGCUUCUGGAGUUGACCACGAGGAACAAUCCCAGUCCAGACGCAGAUUUGGAUCACGUCCUGAAACCCUUACUCAGCGCCGAUAUCCCGGCACUGAAGACAGUGAGGAUCUUAAAGACCGCACAACAGAAAGCAAAAAAAUGGAAAAUUGUCUGGGAGAGUCCAGGCAUGAAAUAGAGAGAUCUGAAGUCAGUGAAAACAUAGAAACUUCAGGCAAAAUAGAGAAAUACAAUGUUCCACUGAACAGGCUUAAGAUGAUGUUUGAGAAAGGUGAACCAACUCAAACCAAGAUUCUUUGGGCCCAAAGCCGAAAUACAGGUGGAAGGAGGAUCUCUGAAAACAGCUAUUCUUUGGAUGACUUGGAAAUAGGUCCAGGUCAGUUGUCAUCCUCUGCAUUCAACUCAGAGAAAAAUGAAAGUAAGCGAAACCUGGAACUCCCACGCCUCUCAGAAACCUCCAUAAAGGAUCGAAUGGCCAAGUACCAGGCGGCUGUGUCCAAACAAAGUAGUUCAACCAACUAUACAAAUGAGUUGAAAACCAGUGGUGGUGAAAUCAAAACUCAUAAAUUGGAACAAAAGGAGAAUGUGCCCCCAGGUCCUGAGGUCUGCGUCUCCCAUCAGGAGGGAGAAAAGGCUUCUACAACUGAGAAUAGCCUGACAGUCCAUUCCACCCCUGCCGAAGAUGACUCUCGUAAACAUUUGCCUUUAGCUCUUGAAGCAGGUAAUGCCCAGGUUAAGAGUGAGGCCCAGCAGCCGGUGUCCACCAAAUCACUGAGUCCUGAUGCCAGAGCCUCCAACCUUUCUGAAAAUUCUCCUCCGAAAGCAGUGAAGAAGUUUCAGGCACCUGCAAGAGAGACCUGCGUGGAAUGUCAGAAAACAGUCUACCCAAUGGAGCGUCUCUUGGCCAAUCAGCAGGUGUUUCACAUCAGCUGCUUCCGUUGUUCUUACUGCAACAACAAACUUAGUCUAGGAACAUAUGCAUCUCUGCAUGGGAGAAUCUAUUGUAAACCUCACUUCAACCAACUCUUUAAAUCUAAAGGUAACUAUGAUGAAGGCUUUGGGCACAGACCACACAAGGAUCUAUGGGCAAGCAAAAAUGAAAAUGAAGAGACUUUGGAGAGAUCAAACCAGCUUCUGAAUGCAGGGGAGACCCCUCAGAGCUCAGGAGUAGAAGAUGCCCCCAUUGCAAAGGUGGGUGUGCUGGCUGCAAGUAUGGAAGCCAAGGCCUCCUCUCAGCGAGAAAAGGAAGACAAGCCAGCUGAAACCAAGAAGUUGAGAAUCGCCUGGCCACCCCCAUCUGAACUUGGCAGUUCAGGAAGUGCCUUGGAGGAAGGGAUCAAAGUGUCUAAGCCCAAAUGGCCUCCAGAGGAUGAAAUCAGCAAGCCCGAAACUCCUGAGGAUGUAGAUCUGGAUCUGAAGAAGCUGAGGAGAUCUUCUUCAUUGAAGGAAAGAAGCCGCCCAUUCACUGUUGCAGCUUCAUUUCGAACAUCUUCUGUCAAGAGCCCAAAAGCUUUGUCCCCACCUAUCAGGAAAGGUUGGAGCAUGUCUGAGCAGAGCGAGGAGUUUGCAGGAGAGAUAGUACCAGAAAGGAAACAAGUGGAAAAUGCCUGGGUCUCAGAGAAGAAUGGGAAUGUGGGAAAAAUGGCCUGGCAAAACAAGGAAUCUAAAGGAGAAGAGGCAGAGAGAAGAAAGGAAAUUAAUAGUUUUGAGAUGGGGAGUGAGAAUCUCAUAGAAAAUGGUGCAAACAUAGAUGAAGAUGACAACAACCUCCUCAAACACCAGUCUCCACCAGAAUCCAAGUCUCCAAAUAGGUCCAGCUUUGUAGAUGACACCUCCACUAAAGAAUUUGCUACUCAGAAUCAGAAAUUCCAGGAUGUGGAAUUCUGGGAGGGAGAAGAAGUGCAAGAGCUGUCUGUGGAAGAACAGAUAAAGAGAAAUCGGUACUACGAUGAGGAUGAAGAUGAGGUUGAGGAUGAAGAAUGACAAAUUGCAUUGGUGUUAGGCCUUAAAUUCAUGUUAGUGUUAGUGAGCCACUGCCCUUUAUCAAAGUGAUGCACAGAAACAGGUAUUGGAUUAUGAAAUGACAUUUAUGUUAAAGCAACUUUGGAAAUGAAUUUCUGCUACCAAAAAAAAAAAAAUCCCAUACUACUGCUUAAGUGAACCAGUUAUAAACACUAGAAAUAACAUUACUUAAAUCUUUCAUUUUAAUAGUGACAAAAUGCAUAAAUGCUUAUAAGCAGGGAAAUAUUCCAAGUGAUCUAGUCCAAAUUCCAUUGUAUUACCAAAUGGCAAUAUUAAAGUAAAUGGAUGAUUAGUAUACAUUUUACACUACAAAUCCUAUUGUGGAAUUAGAGAAUAUACAGAAGGAAUUUAGGGACUGACAUGUUAUGAUUAAAUGCACUUUAGCAUAAAGGGCGUAGUUGUAUAUUUUUAACAAUUAUCAAUUUUUUAGUAUCUACUAUUAAGAGAUCAAACAUUUAGUCUUUUUUUUAAAUUAGGUUAAUUUUCUUAUUCUCAUAUAUAUGUGGGGAAUUUUUUGCUUUACAUCUUGCUCUAAAUCUGGAAUUGAAUUAUUGAGGUACAAUACAGCCAUCUUUUCAGAGCACCUUUUGAGACUAAUAAAGAACCAACCUACAUGCUUUGGUGCCUGGAGAGAUCCACUGUCUCCAAAUAAGCUAUGUAUUUGCCAAUGAGUUUGAUUACAUCCCAAGUGAUUGCUUUUUUUUUUUUU